UGUGCGUGUGUGUGAACACGUCCUGACCUCCUAAGACGGUCUUUCCAACCGUUUCAUUUGUGUUUGGUUUGAUUUAUCGCCAUAAAUGUCCGCUUUUUUUUUUUGCACAUAGCUAAGAUGAGCUAUGCUAAGCUAAGCUAGCCUUGUAUUUCCUGUUUUGGUUCAGCUCGUUUGCAUAAACAACAGCAGCGACACCACAGAUUGCCCGACCUUCUGCUACACGUCUCGAAAAAACGACGUUAUUGUUAUUACUAUUUUAAACGUCGCUCUUGGGUUGAAUUUGAUUUGUUUGCGUUUUAGCUAAGCGAGUUAGCCCGUGAAGCUAAUCAGUGGCUAACAACAAAGUGAGCCGCACGUGCCCUUUGUGCUAGCUGUUUAUUCCCAUACACUCCUGUGGUUAUAGACGUGCUACGACGCAAAGCUGAAGAGAACCUGAGGCUGCCGGACCAGAGUGCCUCGAGCACCAGUGCUCCCCACCCGUGGCUGCGACUCGUUCUUCACAACAUCCCCAAUGCGACCAUGGGAAAUAGCUGUGAAUAGGCGGCCGCCAACAGCCCCCUUAAACCAGAGGAGCUUCAUCGGGGGUCCUUGCAACGCACCUGUGCACCUCAGGAGAAGUCCUCCAGCACGCUGGCAGUGGGGGCAACGAGACAGAGCAGUCGUGCACGCUUCCCCGCGGCAGGAUGAGAAUUUUGCCCACGGCGCAUUCCCGCAGCAGCAGCAGCAUCACCAGGCCAUUCCUGUAGAGGAGGCGAGGCAGUACAGCCAAGCCGGUGCACCGCCACGCAUGCUCCAUCCACCCACACACCCGCCUCAGCAGACCUCCAUCAUGGUGGACCUUCAUGAACAAAUGCACCAAGGAUCUGUUCCGAUAUCUUACACAGUUACCACGGUGACGACCCACGGCUUUCCCAUGCACACGGGGCAGCCGAUGCCAGCGUGCAACGCGCAGCAGCUCCCAGCAUGCUCGGUAAUGUUCAGCGGACAGCUCUCUCUGCUCUGCUGCCUUCCUCCUCCUCUCAUCCAGGCGUGCACCAUGCACCACUUACCCGUGUCUUACCAGGCCUUUCCGCCUCUGAUCUCCAGCGAGCAUUUCCUCCUGCACCCGAGUCCUCCAGUGGCACCGCAUCAGCCCCCGGCGCUGGCGCCUCUCAGCCACUUCAUCCCCCUGCAGCCCCAGCACCCACGCAUGCCUCUGCAAAGAGUGGAGAACGAAGUGGACCUGCGAGGAGAGCAGCACCAUUUGGGAACUUUCUCGUACCCGACCGCGCAUCACCCACCAGCAAUGCCCCCCUCCGUGCCCCUGCAGUACCAUCUGCCCCAGGAACCCCUACAUCAGGAGCUGCCCUUUGCAGUGCCGUAUCCACACAUGCUGCCCAGGCGCGGGAGCGGCCAGAGGUACCGCCUACAGCAGCCGCUGCCUCCACCACCUCCUCCUCCGCCCUACUACCCCGGCUUCCUCCCUUACUUCCUCUCGAUGCUUCCUGUACCUCCGACUGCUGUGGGUCCGGCCAUCAGCUUGGACCUGGACGUGGACGACGUGGAGAUGGAGAACUACGAGGCGUUACUGAACCUCGCAGAGAGACUCGGCGAGGCCAAACCUCGAGGACUGACAAAAGCUGACAUCGAACAGCUUCCAUCCUACAGGUUCAACUCGGAGAAGCACCAAUCAGAGCAGACUCUGUGUGUGGUGUGCUUUAGCGAUUUCGAGUCGAGGCAGCUACUACGAGUAUUACCCUGUAAUCACGAGUUUCAUGCGAAGUGCGUCGACAAAUGGUUAAAGACCAACCGCACGUGUCCUAUCUGCCGUGCGGAUGCUUCCGAAGUUCACCGUGACGUGGAGUGAGUCCGGGCCUUCGUCCUUCACUGGAUAACAGCACAAACCUUGGAGUGUGUGGUGGGAGCAGGCGCGCACACACACAUAUACACACACACGCACACACACACUACAUGUGCGCACCACCCAACCUCCAGCAAAACCUAACAGCAUCUCCUACACACACUCCUUGCUCCUCCCAGCCCACCCCUCCGUCCCCCGCUCCGCUCUUCUUCCACCCAAACCUUCGACCAAUAAGCAAUCUUGGAAUUCGUAGGGAUUGUGUCAGACCUCCGCUGUGCUUCUCACGCAAGCUACUGCAUCCUCUGAGCCCAGAAACCUCCCCCAAUCCCCGAGUUACAGUUUUCAUUUCCCCGUUUUUUUUUUUUUUUUGUGUGUGUUUUUCUUCGGCGAUUCCAAAGAUUACCGCGUGUGGUGUUGGCAUCUGUUUACACAGUCGAAUGUGUACUCGCUGUUCGCUUACGAAUAAUCCAAGCUGUGCUUCAGUGGUGUUAAGGGGAGAUGGGGAGGGGGUUCGAGGACGCCGCUCGAUCGGAGAGGAGAGAAAAAGGCAGCCGCGGUUUGUCCAUUCCACUGUCUUUAAAAAAAAAAAAAAAGAAAGAAAAGAGAAAAAGAAUCGCCUGAUCAUUAGCUGCAUGUUUGUACAGGCGAUGGGCCGAAGUGACUUGUUAAUAAUAUAUGUUUUGCAAUAAUGUAUCGAUGAUUUCAAUAGCUCUAUCCCAGCUUCGCUAACGUGAGCGUGAACAGCAGCGGCUCGGAAUCUUUCGAGCUAACGAGGAAAAAAAAAAAAAGACACGAACUGCAAACUAAAACAGGAUGAAUGUGUGUGUACGUCUGCUCCCGGGCCUCAUCGCUGUGGAGUUUUGCACUGUUGCUGCACUGGAAAAUGGUCACAAGGACGAGGACCUUGUCGCAACCUGUGACCUCUGGUCGCCUCCCGAACCUGGCUGUAGUGCACGGAGGAGGGGUGGAAGCUCUCCGUCUCCUCCAUCCUUCACUCGGUUUGCUCUCUUCUGGAUGGUAUCUCACAGACUGUUGUGUUGUGUUUUUUUUUUGUUUGUUUGUUUUGUUUUGUUCUUCUCUCUCCUUUUGUUUUGUUUCGUUAGAUUAGCAAUACUCUUUUCGACUCGACGAGCUUCUCGCUGCAUUUCACGCGCAGGUUCAGCGGGACGGCGGCGAAGGGAAUUUCACUUCCACCUGAUGUCCAAGAAAGAAAAAAAAAAAAACUUAACUAAAAACAGACAAACAAACAAACAAAAAAAAACUGACUUUGGAAAAGGUGCGGGUCCCUUUUGCAGAAAGCAAUAUGUGCAAUGAGUGUCUGUCCUGAAUGAAUCCUUUUUUUUUCUCUCUCUCUCUUUCUUUUUUUCAUUUUGCGAUUGGUUUUUUUUUUUGUUUCGUUUCAGAGGACCAGGCUUUUCCUCACCUGUGAGCCAAAUAUUCAAUAAUUUCAAUACACUCUUCAAGGAUACAGCUCUGCCUUCUUCAAGACGUUGACAAGCACAAACUUGUUACUAAUCGUAAAACAAACAAACAAAAAAAAAAAAAACAGUACGUAAACCGGCGUUAUUUAUUGGCUUUAUCUUCUGCGUUGAGGGGCAGAGCACCAGCACAGUGUAUCUUUGAUGCGAGGAUGUUGGGCCACGGUAGCAAUGUGAAGUGAAAAAGAGGAGGGGGGGGGGGGGGAAACAACAACAACAAAAAAAAAAGAUUAAGCAUAGCAUCUAAUGCGUCGUCGACUCUGCUUGUGUGUGCCAGCUGACUGUAGUGAUUCCACAAACGAUUCAGAGACUAAAGGUUCUUCUUAGAAAUGCACUGACUGUAAAAAAAAAAAAACCUGCUUGGUUUCGCUCUGCAUAGAAAAAAAAAGACAAGGAAAAAACAGACAAACAAACAAACAAAAAAAAAACAGGGAUGAAAUGUUUUGUUUUGCGACACUAAUAAUAGGACACAAAUAUAUAUAUAACGGAUAUAUAAAUCUAUAUAAAAAAAAAAAUAUAAAUCUAUAUAUUCCUUGCUUGUACACACCGAGUAGCAGUUUUUAACCAGACUCGCUUUCUAGGGAAAAGGGACAUAGGGACAUCCCCGUGAUCGUUAGCAUGCGAGUCUGUACUUCUGUACUGAUGCUCACCAGGUUGGGGGAGAAAAGAAAAGAAGAAAAAAAAAGCCAUUGUGAUGAAUUUAAACCACACUUUUGAUAGUAACGUGUAUACAUAUCCGUUUCACUGGCAUAUAUUUUGAAAAAGAAAUAGAAAAAAAAAAUACUCUCAGGGCCUCUCAGUUAACUCGACAUUAAGGAAAACAGGCGGACGGAUUUGAACACUUCUCAGUUUUCCUCAGGCCGCGUAUUUUACUCGUAAUCCUUUUUAAUGGGAUUUAUCAUCGCACCAGUUAAAGACCGGCAUGCAAAGAAAAGAAGAAACGGGGGAAGAAAAAAAAAUAAGAGAGAGAGAGAGAACAGGCAAACCGUGUCACAGCAACCCGAUCACCCGAGCGUUACUCAGACAUGUCCGUGUUUUUCGUACUUACAACUCAUGAUCCUGCUGGAGGAAAACAAUAACAACAAAAAAAAAAGACAACCUACAGCCAAGCGCAUUAUUCUACCUAAACCACUUCCAGAUAUUAACAGUGUUUUGCAUGGGUUGGGGAAAUAAAUAGGGGAAAAAAAAAACAAAAAAAAAAA